AUGACGGGGGGUGGGGUGGAUUAUGCUUAUGGUGGUGGCGCGGACCUGAGACUUGUUGGCCCGAAGGUUGAGGAAGGGGCGGGCGAGUGUGAGGGUGUGGGGCCUGAUGAAACCCCUGUGGAGUCGGCCCGUGGGAGUUUGAAGGGAAGAGGGGUUUUGAUCGGAGAAGAAGGGAGGGGAAAGGGGAGCGGGGCGGGGGCGGCGGAAGUGGGGGAGGAGAGGGACAAAGGGAGCCGGACGCGGGUUGGGGCGAGAGCGGAAGCAGCGAGAAGCGGCGAGGCAGCGGAGCAGAGGCAGGGAGAUGGAUCUCGGCGCCGAGAAAGAGGCACAGAGGUGGGGCGGCUCGGUGGUUCGAUGGCGGCGUGCUCGGAGGGCACGAAGAAGUGCUGCGGGCGGUCUGCUUGGGGAAGGCGGCGUUCGGAGGGAAAGCUUGGCGGAGGGCCCGGCGGAGGCGGCGCUAAAGCGGUGGAACGGCGACGGCGGUCGCGGCAAGGACGGGCGGAGCUGCGGACGGCCGCGGUGACGAAGGCGGACGAAGGCGGUGGCAAGGCGGCGAGGCGGGCGGCGACGGCGGACGAAGGCAGUGGCGAGGGUGCUCACGGUGAGGAAGAUGAACAGACCCGUUAG